UUGCCACGUACAUCUACACCGAUGUGGCCAAGGACAUUAUUAAGAAACACGAUGCUGAUAAACCGCUUUUCCUAUAUGUCGCCUUUCAACUUGUGCACGAACCUCUAAAAGUACCCAAGAAAUACGAGGAACUCUAUGACGGGGUCGUACCGGAGGGCGUCAGGAAAAUAUACUUGGGAAUGGUAUCUGCGUUAGACGAGGCUGUAUCCGAGGUGAUGGGCUCGUUGGCACAGCAAGGAAUGCUUGACAACACUGUGAUCGUAUUUUCGUCCGACAAUGGCGGUGCCCCAGACGUGGGUGCUGACAACGGCCCUUACAGGGGCAUCAAGGGGUCUCUCUGGGAAGGUGGGAUAAAAGUGCCAGCCUUUGUAUGGAGUAAACUGCUACAGAAACCGGGAAGAACCGCUCGUGACCUCAUUACCAUCACAGACUGGUGUCCGACAUUGCUCGGUUUAGCGGGAGUCCAGGUGGAAGGGGUUGAAGCGAUGGACGGAUUCGAUGUAUGGGACGUGUUGAGCAAAGACCACCGCGGAACGAGAGUGGAAAUUAUCCAUGAAUUAGUGUCCCCACCAUCAUUUAUUCCAAGACGUGGCAAGGAACUGUACAACGACACCUUUGACACAUCAUUGAGAGCCUCUUUACGGCAGGGAGAUUGGAAAAUCAUCACUGGAACUCCAGCUUUUCUCUUGGCCUAUACCGAGGAUGGCGAACCUGUUGGAUUGGAUAUUAUAGGUGUGGACCCCAACAUUCAAAACGUUUCUUUGAAUAAAAACGUAUGGCUCUACAACAUUACUAAAGAUCCGUAUGAAGUCAAUGACGUAGCAGACAAGAACCCAGGCGUAGUGCGCCACCUAUUGGACAGACUGGAAGCAAUCCGCCAGAUGGCACCAUCUACAAUGUUUCCACCACCGGACCCAGCCCUGUAUUCUAAGUUCCACAAUGGUGCUUGGGCUCCAGUUGACGUUCCUGAUAAAAUAACGUAGGGAGCCGAAGUAAGAUAACUCU